UUUGAUACGAUAUCAGCGAUUAAAAUUUGUAUUUUUGUUUGCAUUCCAUAUAAGAAUUUCCCGCGUGUUAAAUCUGAACUUUUGAUCAAACAAGUUGGUGUAAUUAUUGAAUGAAAUGAAGUUUAUUUGUAAUGUGCGACGGAGAAGUUGAAGAAACCGCGGUUUCUUCUGAAAACUUGCCGAAAUACUGCAACUAUUUUAAGAAUUUGUUAGUUGAAGAACUUGCGCUCGAACCGGAUUAUACCCACCUGCAUUACGGAAAGUGCGCUGUUAUUGGACGCCUGAGCGCGAUUUCGGAUUACAUCAAGCUAGAGAACGUCACUGUGCCACAUUUCCCUAGUGAGUGCAAGCUUCCCAUUGGAGUCGUGUCGUUGCUUCUAUUAAACUUCUCGUACGAGAACUCAGCAGACGACGCCUUAUCUCCCGGCUGUUAUUGCAUUGUUCGUGGCGAGGUGGUACUCUACAACGUACAGAAACCAAAUCAGUUGCCUAUAACCUCAUUGGACCUGCAUCACAAGCUAAAUCUAUUUGGUGACAAAGAAGAGGCACGUGCUCAGUUGUUGCAACAGGUUCUAAAGACAUACAAGCCAGCCAUUAAUGUGUGGCAUUCAAGACGCAUCGAUCAGCCUGAGGAAUUAAUUCAACAUCGUCUCGAGAUACGUGCGCUGGUCACACAGUGAUAUGAACGUUCAUUACAUGAC